AUGAACCCUAACAUUUGGGGGAAAAUCCCAAAUUCAUCAACCUUCAAUCUGAAAGGGAGAAGGGAGAUGAGUGGUAGUUCUAGGUCGCGACUUCCACAGAGGCCAUCGAAAAAACCCAUGGGAAGUUCUAGCUCAGGGAUGAACGAUGGAGUGCCCCAUUGCAAGUGUGGUGAAGAAGCAGUGGUUAGGGUUUCCAAAACUGAUGCCAACCCAGGAAAACCCUUCUAUAGUUGCUAUCUACCAAAGAGUCAUUUAUCUAAUUGCAACUUCUUUCGAUGGGUUGAAGAUGGAAAUGAAGUUGAAUCAAAUGCCCUAAACUGUAUGCAGAAUGAAGAAGUUGUGAGGGUGUUGAAUGAGAUUUCUCUGAAGAAUGCAGUGUUGAUGCAGGAGGAGGUGCUUAUGAAGGAAGCUAUUUUGAAGAAAAAUGAGAUGGUGAUUGAACAAAUUAGGUACAUGAAUGCAGCCAUGUGCAAGAACAAUGACCUUGCAGCUCAACAAGUUCAAUUGAUGAGAAUUUGUGUCAUAUUGAUGACUUUGUUUGUGUUUGUAAUGAUGAUUGGGAAGUUCAUGUAA